UUAUCAUCACUCUUUAAAACCAUACCAUCUUCCGCUCUACAUCUUCAUUUCAUCUCCCUGCUUCAACUACAAAUCCUUUCUACUUUCUCCUGCUUCUUCUGCACGCUUUUCCACCGCCUUUACCGGAUUCCGGAUCCGGCUCUUUUUCCGACCCGAACCGUUCUUCGCGUUUCCUCUAGAUCUGAACUAGGGUGAGGUUAAAUUAGACCGAGCUACCGAUUUGAUAGAUCUGAGCGGUUUGCUCAUUGAUGUUGAAAAUGAGGAUGCCCACGGUAUACUGGGCUUCCAUUUCCAUGCUUCUCUUUCUGCACGCUUGCAAUGCGUUUUAUCUUCCCGGUAGCUAUUUGCACACAUAUUCAAAUGGCGAUAAGAUUUUUACUAAAGUGAACUCGUUAACUUCUAUUGAAACGGAGCUUCCGUUUAGCUACUACAGUCUCCCUUACUGUAAGCCAUCUGGUGGUAUUAAGAAAAGUGCUGAAAAUCUCGGAGAGCUUCUGAUGGGUGAUCAGAUUGAUAACUCUCCUUAUCGGUUUAGAAUGAACAUGAAUGAGUCUGUUUUCCUUUGCACUACGCCUCCAUUGAGUGAACAUGAGGUCAAGCUUUUGAAGCAGAGAACUCGUGAUUUGUACCAAGUUAAUAUGAUUUUGGAUAAUUUGCCUGCUAUGAGGUAUGCGAAGCAAAAUGGGAUUAAUAUUCAGUGGACUGGGUUCCCAGUUGGGUAUACACCGCAGAAUAGCAACGAUGAUUAUAUUAUUAAUCACCUUAAGUUUACGGUUUUGGUGCAUGAGUAUGAAGGGAGUGGUACGGAGAUAAUUGGUACAGGGGAAGAAGGUAUGGGUGUCAUUUCCGAAGCUGAUAAGAAUAAGGCAUCUGGUUUUGAGAUUGUGGGUUUUGAAGUUGUGCCGUGCAGUGUUAAGUAUGAUCCUGAGGUGAUGUCUAAGCUUCACAUGUAUGACAAUAUCUCGUCUGUCAACUGCCCCUUGGAUCUCGACAAGUCUCAGAUUAUAAGGGAACAAGAGAGAGUUUCUUUUACCUAUGAGGUCGAAUUUGUGAAAAGUGAUAUUAGAUGGCCAUCUCGUUGGGAUGCUUAUUUGAAGAUGGAAGGUGCUCGUGUCCACUGGUUUUCAAUUUUAAAUUCUCUUAUGGUCAUCUUUUUCCUAGCUGGUAUUGUUUUUGUCAUUUUCUUGAGGACUGUGAGAAGGGAUUUGACAAGAUAUGAGGAGCUAGACAAAGAAGCUCAAGCACAGAUGAAUGAGGAGCUUUCUGGGUGGAAGCUUGUUGUGGGUGAUGUGUUUAGAGAACCAGAAUGCUCAAAGCUUCUCUGUGUCAUGGUUGGAGAUGGAGUUCAGAUUACGGGGAUGGCAGUUGUCACGAUUGUUUUUGCAGCCCUUGGUUUUAUGUCUCCAGCAUCACGAGGAAUGUUGCUGACUGGAAUGAUUAUUCUUUAUCUCUUCUUGGGUAUUUCUGCAGGCUAUGUUUCAGUGCGGAUGUGGAGAACCAUGAAGGGAACUUCUGAAGGGUGGAGGUCUGUUUCCUGGUCAGCUGCAUGCUUUUUCCCCGGAAUUGCGUUUGUUAUCCUCACCAUUCUAAAUUUCAUUCUAUGGGGAAGCAAGAGUACUGGUGCUAUUCCCAUUUCCAUGUACUUUGUACUUCUAGCUCUCUGGUUCUGCAUUUCAGUUCCUCUCACCCUCUUGGGAGGAUUCUUCGGGACACGAGCUGAGGAAAUUAAAUUUCCAGUCCGUACCAAUCAGAUCCCGAGGGAAAUCCCAGCUCGCAAAUAUCCAUCAUGGCUUCUUGUUCUCGGUGCUGGAACUCUUCCAUUCGGAACCCUUUUCAUCGAGCUGUUCUUCAUCCUAUCUAGCAUUUGGCUCGGCCGGUUUUAUUACGUCUUCGGUUUCUUGCUUAUAGUUCUUACCUUAUUGGUAGUCGUUUGUGCUGAAGUAUCAGUCGUACUAACCUACAUGCAUCUCUGCGUGGAGGAUUGGCGGUGGUGGUGGAAAGCAUUCUUUGCUUCCGGUUCAGUUGCUCUCUACGUGUUCUUGUACUCCAUCAAUUAUUUGGUUUUUGAUCUCCAGAGUCUGAGCGGCCCCGUAUCCGCCGUACUCUAUCUCGGCUACUCGCUGCUGAUGGCAAUCGCAAUCAUGUUAUCUACCGGCACCAUCGGGUUCCUUACGUCCUUCUAUUUUGUGCAUUAUCUUUUCUCGUCAGUAAAGAUCGAUUAGAAGCAGUUGGUAGACUGGUAUGUUUUAACUAUCGCAAGUGCAAAGAGGAAAAUCGUAUUUUGGUUCGACAAUUCACAAUUUUUUUAUAAUUUUGUUUUUGGCAUAUGUUAAACUUGUUAUGAUAGAUGAUAGUCUUGCUGUGCGCUAUUGAAGACUCGGAUUAUAUGUUAAAAAAUGCAUCAAUGCCUGUGUCCUAUUUUAUUUGCUUAUGAGUUUUAGGACAUUUACUAUAUAGCUUUGAGCUUCAUUCCAAAUCACUGGGUUAUCAUA